AUGGCGUUGUACACACCACCUGGGAAGUCUCCGGCACGACCAGCUGCUGGUGAAAGAGCGAAUGAUAAGAGGGAAGAUACUGAGGAUGACCUCAACAAGUUCUACGUGCGACCCAGUAUCGGUCUUAGGCUUUGGGGACCACUAGUUCCUGCGUCAGAUAAUAAAGCUGGGCUCUGGACACUGAUUGGCAUACAGAGUGCUAUUGGAUUGCUAUGCAUGUACAGAAUCAAAAGGUUACGUGCUUCGUUGAAAACAGUCCGGAAAGAUAUAGCGGAUUUCCCAAGUUUAAAUCGAUUCUCUACAACUCAUGGUGAACUGCUAAUCUCGCCAGUCGCGAUAACACCGAGCAAAGCUACGUCCAUGUCCGUCAAAAAGGGCGUUCAAAAGGCAUCCUAUAGUGGUGCAGCAUUUGGAGCCUCUUCAUUUUUCAAAAGUUCAAGCCAAGAAGGCGGCUCCGGGGGGAGGUUUGGCCGCUUCAGCACCUUCCGCCAAGUGAUAUAUCUUCUUACUGGCACGCUUUUAUUGUCGCAAUCCCUUCUCGAAAUAUGUCGAUUGAAACUUCUAAAAUAUGAUCCCUGGUGUGAAGAAGCCAAAAGUGUUCGUGACAAGAAAUUUUUCAACGAUAUAAUACGUUUCUACCACGAGGGCAUUGAUCCUACGAAAGUUAGAGUUAAAGAUGCAUCUAGCGGUAAUGUCAUGCCUACAAAUAUUCCCGAGGUGAAGCAAAGUGUAGCCCUUGUAAGGGCCCAAUCGGAGGCUGAAAACCCAAUAAUCAAGUGGUACGGUCCCCUGGAGUACAAGCCAAUGUCUUUCUCUGAAUAUCUGGACAAGUUGGAGUAUCAUCUUGAUAUGCUCGUUUUCUUGCAGGAGAAGAGAAAGCUGAAAAAGGGAUCUGUCGAAGUCAUGCAGAAGAUUUCACAUUCAAGCACUGAGGCGGAACAAUUAGCGACCAAGAAUCGGGAACUCCGGAAGAAAGCCUAUGAACUGGUCUCUGAUGCUCCAAAGGGAAGUAUUCCAAGAAGAGAUAGAACGCUGACGUAUCCUGCAAGGGGCAUCUUGAUGGAUGCAGACUGCGAGACCCCAGAAGACUUUGAUCUCCAGGAAAUAUGGAAGUUAUACGAUCCGUGGAUGAGCCUUGCCCUCGAAACAUCUCUCAGUAUUAAGUUCCUGCCCACUAUCACGGCCCCAGUCGAGGCUGGUGAUCAUAGUUCAGAUGAACUGCGGGAAUCGAUUGAUGAACCUGAAAGCAGCACAAAAUGA